AGAUGGGAUUUGGCUCAGAGCGGGUCAAAGGGCUAGUAGGGCACUCCCUUGCGUGGCGUCUAGCGCAAGAUGAGGGAGCUAUGGAGCUGCUUCAUCCUACAUAUGAUCCACAGCGCUCGCGGCGAUAGCAGCUGUCCGGCAGGUGCAGGUGCUGCCUGCGUGGCAGAUGAGACCAUCACAGCAAGUCAAGUUAUUCGGCAGAUGCCGUCGAUGCCGCCAGCGCCUACUCCACAAGUGGACCUAAUUGCGCAGGAGAUGAACGAGUUGAAGUCACUCUUGAAGCUAGGUGAGGAACGGAUGGGUUUCCUGAAGGAGUUGCAAGGAGCUGCAAGCAGCAAAGGUCUUCUAUCGGUGGCUCAAGUUCAUGCACUAACUGAACGCCUCCCGCUACUUUCCGAGGUUGCAAGCCAAGGUGAAAAGGAACCCAUCGCAGCAGCAGAAGAUUUUCUGCUAACCAAAGCGGCACUGCCUUUGGUGGAGCCAGCGGUUCAGGUGGAGUGGCUCCUCCUUCGCAACCCCCGCCCUCCUACUACGUCAUCUUCGUCCAGUUCAACUCCACAAUCGCAGAUGCCAACCUGCCUUUUGGCAGCUGCCCAAGCGGAUGGGAAAGUGCAUUUGUUUAGCCCAAGUGGGGAACUGGUGUUUAGCUUCAACACUGGCCAUGAUCAAAUUGUCACUCAUAUGGUGACCUCGCCCACCCACGAAGAGCACUUGAUCGCCACUGGAGAUUCUGGUGGAGCGAUCCGCGUUCACAGAGUGUCUGUGCGGCAGCGCCGCGCCUCCAAGGAGGAAAAGCUGGCCAGGUCCAAUUCCACUGAUGAGAAAGUCUCCCAGUACCUUGGCCCUCAAUGGAAUAUUACGGUCCAAGCGCAUCGGCAACUUCAACUUCCAGUUGGGGAUGAUGCUCCGACACUGACAGCCUUGGCCAUUGCAAACCACAAAAGCAGCGGGGAGAUUGUUGCUGGAGAUUCUAAGGGUCGCAUCAGCGUCUUUGCAAAGAAUGGUACUCUCAAAGCACACGUGGAUGCGACAGCUAUGGAGGGCCCUGGGGUGGAAGGCUUGCAUUCUUACCACAGCCAGGUGCUUUUCAGAGCAGGAAUGGAAUGGGGCUAUGUGAGUCUGGACAAGGCUGAAGUGAAGCACAUCGACUGCCCCAAUUUCGAGGGCCGUGUUGCUGACAUUGCUGUCGAUACUCAGCAGCUGUCGAAAGUCUUGCUUUCCGACGAGGGUGGUGCCGUUUGGGUUUUCAACGUCAAGAACCGAAAGGAUUGCGAGCUGGAGAAAAGGUUUCCUGCUGGGGAGGCCGAGGGUGCGCUUCAGCUGGCAGCUAUCCGGGGGUUUGUGAUUGGCUUGCAAAAGAAUCCAUCUCCAUCCAAAGAUCCUGGAGUCUCUUCAUCCUCUAUUUUGGCACUAAACAUGAGCCAACCUGUUGGACGCAGACGCCCUGGUGAGACAGGUGCUGGUGGCCAUGUGAUAUGGAGACGACAACGUUUGGCAGUGCGAGAUUGGACUGUGCAGAGAAAGCAACAUGGUGAUUUGAUUGCUUUGCUAUCAGCAGAUGGGCGAGAAGUGGAGAUUUUGGAAGUGCUUAUGCAGGUGUACACACCACCGCCUUCCAGCGAUCCGUUCUCCAACUUCAAGCUUCCGGUAAUGGCUUGUGCAGUUGUCCUCUUGUUAGGUUACCAAUUCCUGAAGCAGAAAAAAGGAGGAUCAGCCUUCGGUGCGGGGAGCAGAGGGAAGUAUGGCAAAAGUGAUUUUGCCAGCCUGCUGAACAAGAAGAAGAUGGGUGCGGGUGGGCUAGGAGGCCUGAAAGGUAAAAGGUAGAUGCGGCUGCCCUUUCGCUCCAGGGAGAAGUGCUGAGAUGCAACGCGGCCAUGUGCAUUUGCGGCUUGGCCACUACCGGGCCAAUGUGCCUGCAAGCUAUAGCUACAGCAGCGCAGGCUUUUGUGCGCUUUAAUGCAGUACAAUUCAGGCUUUUGAUAAGUCUGCGCAGUGAUCGGGACUGGCAGCCGGAGCAUGAAGUGAGUAAGCUGACUCCACCAACAACGGUGACGGCGAGAAAAAGUGCCAGCAAAAUCAGGCAACAUAUUUUGUGGCCGGUUCAGAGCAUCAAGUAUGUAUUUCAAGAAGCUUGCUUAAGCUUGCCAG